AUGUUAUUUCGGGACACCGGGAGCUGCGCACACUCCUCUGUGGACUCGGAGGACUACUCCUCCAGCGGGGGUAGCUUGGCGAGCUCCGAGUCGUGCGCCACACGCGCUUUUGAGAGCCGAAUGAAGCAAUUUUUUGAAUCGGGCCCCGUGCUGGAGUUUGAGGCGCGAGAGGGCAAGUCCCAACUGGAGGACGCUGGGCGGAGGAAGAAAGGUAUCGCACAAGACAGGGAAGAAGGGUCUUGGAAUUCUGCUGCUGGGGCGGGUGACGAACAGGAGUCAUGUUUAAAUGCCGACGAUGAGGCAUACUUGGGAAUGCUGAUGCAGGGAAUAGAUAACAUGGUAUUACUUGACACAGAGUUCUACCCGUACCCAACACCGGAGUACUUUAAGACGCACCCUCCCAGGCGGGGUCUGACGGAUGAACAGGUGGCUGAGCCUGGUAUCUCCUCAAGUCAUCAUCAUGGUACCAAAAUGUUUAUUGGAGGAUUGCGCUUUGAGGUGGUUCAUGUAGGUAGACAUAUGAUUGGCUGGAUUUUUGAGGUUGCAUGCGGGGUGCGACUGCCGUCUAGUUCAAUUCUUGUGCAUCGAAAAGCAAAAGGAGGAAGGAGUGGAUCGCCAACUGGAUGCGCUUCGGUGUUUGUGUCUAGUGAAGAAGAGGUGGAGUUACUAUUAGCCAUGAAUCAGCGUCUUUUUUGCGCAGAAAAGGGUGUUUAUGUGGCGCCUUCAGCAGAACGUAUGGCGGAGCUUAUUGCUUCCAAAUCCAUUCUGGAUGUUACAGAAGGGCGUGCGCGAGGGCCGACGCACCCAGUCAUUAUAGAGCGGGCUUACGGUAAUGCAGGCCACCAUGGAACACGUAGUAACGCAAGUACCUCACUGCAACAGGAACAUGUGGUGCCGUGCCCCCCAUCGCCGUAUGAUUUAGUGCCGUUAGGCACACCUUCGGGGGCAACGUCUUUGCCGUCGUGUAGUAACGCCUCGUCAGUGAGAAGCAGUUUAUCUGUUCCUUUAGGUCCAAAACCUGUAACUGGUGGUGAUAGUGAUCAAGCAGGCAGAACAAGGCUUUUAACGCCUUCCAAAGAACCUAUUUACCACCUGUAUCCGGGAACUGAGGGGGCAAGUAAGCUACUCCCCUCAACCUCUGCCACAUUGCAACGGGCCGUUUCCAUCUUUGUUGGAGGUUUCUCGGCCGAGACGGAUCAAGAGUUUGUGGCAUGGGUUUUUUCAUUGAUGGGUGUUCCAGUUCAUCCUUCCAAUGUCUCGCAUUAUGUGGAUUCCCAAUCCGGGGCUAGGGCGGGCUGUGUUCUUGUGCGGGUGGAGGAGCAGGAGGUGUCUAAAGUGUUGUCGUGGAAUAGGCGCGUGGUGUGCGACGCGCGCGGAGUGUACUUCACAUCCUCGCAGCGUGCGGUUGUUGCACUAUUGGCGGCCCGUGACAAGGCUGCAGGUCCUGCACGACCGCUUGCAAUCAGGCGAAAGGACGGCGGUCGUGGUGUGCCAAAAACGACGGUUCCCGGCUCGAUGGCGCCACCACCACCACCAUUUCCAGUCAUGUGGGAUCCUGCACAGUCGACACCGGCGGCGUGGCAGCAAGCAAGUUCGCAGCCAGUAGCACCACCACCACCACCCUACAUGCAGAGCGUCAUUAUUGGCAAUCAGACGUAUCAACUGCCACCGGGGGCGAGCAUUCAACUUCAGGUUGUGCCGGUCAUUACUGCACCGAAUAUUCCAUCGGCACCGGUGCCGAUGCAGUCGCCAGCACUGCCAAUGUACCAGCCGAUGCCUCCCCCGCCACCGCCGCCGCUGCGGUAA